AUGAAAGCGGUCCCCGUGUACUUGCUCUUUCAACCAGCCAAUGUUUUAGUUCCAAAUCGAAAAUUACAGGACUCGCAAGAGGUCAAUUGGGCAGGCAUCGUGUCGAUAGAAAGGGUCCAGGGCAAGACAGGGGAACACAUCAACCAAGGGGACUAUGUGCCUACAAGGCACCGUGGGGGAGGAACCCAUCAAGGAGAGGUGGACAAGGUAGUCACGGAUGACGCCGGAGCACACGAGGAAGAUGUAGCCAAUCCUCCGAAAAUGAGGUUGUCUAUCUUAGUUGUUUCCCUAAUCCAUGGGGCGUUUUUAAGCCCUGCCCUCCUUGGCGCCUCGCCCCUUCACCAUGGUUCGUCUGUAUCGAACCCGGGACAAGAUCUCAUCUCGGUCCUGUCGAGUGCAGCAGAGAAUCCCAUAGUGGAUGGGAGAGUAUCGGACACUGUCUCGAAUAUCAGAUCAAGCAUCGCAGCAGACAGGAGCUUCCACGCGGCCGGGGACGAAACGGUGCAAUUGGCGUGGAAGAAGAUCGAGACGAUCUUCACGAACCGCACCAGCUCAACUCUGCUCGAUUUCGUGCACAGCAUCGUUGUCUCCGGCCUGCUCCCAUCCAAUCUGCUCUCCUUUCUGAACGGUUAUCUGAACAACAACAUUAAUUCGGGCUAUAACAUGAACCCUGACCUGGACAGGGAGCGCAUAUACCCAUCCAGAGCUGCCAAAGAUGCACUAUACUCCAUCCCAGAGGAAGCUCUCCGACAAGCUAUCUAUGUCUCGAAUUUCUCUCCGUCGGGAAGGAAUGAAAGAAAGCCAGUGAUAUUGGUUCCGGGAACUGCUGCGCCUGCUGGAACGACAUACUAUUUCAACUUUGGAAAACUGGGCAGCGCUAUCCCCGCAGCUGACGUGGUCUGGGUCAAUGUCCCCGAUGCCUCGUUGGGAGACGUCCAGGUCAACGCCGAAUACAUAGCAUAUGCCAUCAACUACAUUUCCACUCUCUACCAGACCAAAGUCAGCGUCAUCUCGUGGUCCCAGGGUGGGCUAAACACACAAUGGGCGCUAAAGUACUGGCCGUCCACCCGGGACGUGGUGGAGGAUUUCAUCGCCCUGAGCCCGGAUUUCCGGGGGACCAUAGUAAGCACACUGGCGUGCCCCUGGCUCGCGGGGACUGUUUGCACCCCCGCACUCUGGCAGCAGGGAUCGGACACCAAGUUCGUUCACACCCUGAGGGGUCUCGGGGGUGACUCGGCAUAUGUCCCCACGACGACUAUCUACUCCUCCUUCGACGAGGUGGUGCAACCGAUGAGGGGAGAUCAGGCAUCUGCAAUCCUCCAGGAUUCACAUGGGGUUGGCGUGUCCAAUAACCAUUUACAGACCAUUUGUCCUCACAAGCCUGCGGGGGGUAUUUACACGCACGAGGGUGUACUAUACAACCCACUUGCAUGGGCGCUUACCAUCGACGCGCUAACUCAUGAUGGACCCGGUGAUCCAUCGCGACUCGACGUCGGCAAGGUGUGCCAGCGAUUACUUCCCCCACAACUCAGUUUGGAUGACAUGCUCGGCACGGAAGGCUUACUGCUCGUCUCGAUGUCCGAAGUUCUCAGGUACACACCGAAGACCUUCACGGAACCCGACAUCAUAGGCUAUGCUUCUAUAGUGCCUGGGGUGGCGGAGAGCGGAAUCAGAAGAGAAAGAGAGAUAUGA